GAAUGUCACACCUUCACCCCUGAUUGAGCAGCUGCUCAAUCAGUCACCGAAGAAAAAGAAACCCAAACGACAUCCGAUCCAUCAGAACAAGAAUGAGGAGGAGCUGAUCUUCACUGGAGAGGAGGUGGUGGACGAGGAGCUGUCCCAGGUUCUGGACGAUAUAUAUGCCAAAGCCGGGGAAUCCUGCUGGACAAACAGUGCUACAGCAUCACCUGAAAGAACUUCACCUGUCAAACGAAGCAUGCCUGGGACUUCAGGGGUUUAUUCUAAGAAGAAGAAGAAGCUGGAUGGCGAGAGAGUUGGCAUCCCAUCAGCCAUGGCCCUCUCCAGCUCUGGGUUGAAGAUGAAGGAGGAUGGUACAGCAGAAUCGGACAAGGACAAGAAGGAGGAUCUGCAACAUGAGCUGGGGCAGGUUCUGUCAGACAUUGAGGGCAUUAUCAGUUCCAAGCCGGAAGAGAAUUACAUGUCCCCCACACACAUGUCCUUUGGCCCCUCAACAUCCAAGGUAGCGAAGACCCCCAAGACUAGCAACCCCAGGAGACAGGGGAAUGCCUCCAAGACACCAAAGAGCAGAGGUCCCAGAACAUCCAAGACAAAUUUGCUCAAGUUGGGCAAAGCAGGUCACAUGCAAAUUCCCAAGCUCGAGCAAGGUGUGAAAGGCAAAGCACCAGUAGGGAAAACUCUGCUUUCUAUGGAGACCCUUCAUGAGAAGUUGCGGUUGGCUGGAACUACUGUCACAUUGCCUGCUGGAACUGAGGUGACAAAAUUAGGGAAGGUGCCAAAGAUUAGUGCUCAUGCAAAGGAGCUCAAGAGUAUAGCCCCCAAACCAGUUGCUAUAGCACCAAAAGUAACAUCCACUGAUUUGACUAAAAGGAAGGAAACUGCAGAUGUUCCUGGGAUACUUCUGCCAGUAUCUUCCUCAGUGGUAGUCCAAUACCGCAGUCCACCUCGUGAAGAAAAUAGAGUAAUGAAACCAAAGAUGCCACGCCAGAGAACUCCAAAUUUUGACAAAAAAAUUAUUCCCAGUCGAUCUGUAGUGAUUAGUGACAUCCCAAAGAUAAUAUCACAGAGUAAUCUGCAAGUUGCAGCUGAUAAAUUCAGAAGCUUGCCAGAAAAUUUCAAUAAAGCCUCUGCAGAUGAGAUUAGAAAGGGGAUUAAUCCCUUAAGAAUUGUCAGGCUUCAAAAUAGUCCAGGUGAGAUUGUUUGCACACCAGAUCUAUCAGGAUUGCUUGGAUCAGUUAUGGAAGAGGACAAAGAGUCAAGUAAACCUGGCCAAGUCCCUGCAAAAGGAUCUCUGAGUACUCCAGAUACAUCAUCAGCAAAUGAGAUGUCAUCACUUUCGAAAGAAAGUACAAAACCAGAUAAUACUAAUGAACCUAUUUCAGGGCAAAAAUGUUCAAAUGAUUGCAGUCCUGCAGAGUCAGAGUCUGAGACAGAUCAGAUGCCUGUACUUGUGAAAGAGCAGACCCAUCAAGAAAAGCUGGAACGGACAUGGGUAUCUUCAGCAAGAAAUACAUCUGGUUCUGAAAUGUUAAAUGAACCUGUGCUAAUAAAAGAGGAAUCCAAGUGUGAAGAUAGCAACUCAAGACCAGAAGAAGCUCAAGAGAGGAGACCAGAUCAUUCAUUGGAAGUGGAAUAUGAUGAAGAUGCCAUUAUGCCACAUCUUGAACAGGUAGAUAUAAGUCUUCCAGAAAAAAGGAUGACAUCUACUUGUCAAGAAGCUGUGACCUUCAGUCAUAAUGAGGUAAAAACUCACUCACCAAAGCAACUGCGAGAAGACACUCUCCAGCAUACUGUUAAAGUCUCUGGUUCCUCUCAAGAGAGUCAUGAAGCUCACACACCCUUGAAGAAUCAUGGAGCCAUAACUUUGCAGUCACAAGUUCCAUCUCCUAAUGCAGUGGAUACACAUACACAGCCAUGUUCAUCUAUUGACCAGUCAUAUUCAUCGGUAGAAGCACAUACAUCUUUAUCAGCUCAUACAGAGAUGCAGUCAAAUCCACAAGCAUCGCUUCCUUUACAAGCUGAAGCCCAUACUCAUUUUCGCACCCAGGAGCCAGUCCAUGUACAAAGUCAUGGCCCAAUGGCCAUGCACCCACAUGAUCACUCACAGAUACAAUCUUCAGGAUCAUUGCAAAGUCACAUACAGCCAACAUCUAUACAUAUGGCACCAGACCCAUCACAUACGUCAGUUUCAACAGUAAACAGUCAGUUCCUCACACCUGUGUACUCCUCAGCCCAUCCAGCCAGUCAGGGGCCACCAGCUUCAUUGCAGUCUUACCCUUCUGCAACAGUGCAUCCUCAUUCACAAAUUCCAGGUCAUUCAUCCCAACCAUUGCCUUCAAAAAGCCCCUCACCACUUUCACUGCCACAGAUUCCACCCACACAAGCUUCAUCAUUGGCCAAUAAUCAUACACCAGUGCAAAUUUCUUCUCAAAGUCACAUGGAAAAUGUGUCAAGAUAGAGAUUUACACCUACCAAUCAAAACCGUACAAAUUCAUAUUAGAGUUAGGUUUAAUAUUUGAGGUAGGCAAAAAUAUAGAACUAUUGUAAAUGUGAAAAUAUUGAAGUAUUUGUCCCUUUUUUUCUUCCUUACUGUUUUGCACCACUGCUGAGGUUAAUCUGCCUUUGUAGGUGUCUAUUUUUCGUCCAGCUGCUGCAUAAUGACAAAGGCAUAGAAUUUCAUUGGAACGGGAGUCUGGCGAGAAUUUAGAUCAGUGAACAUAGCAUGUAUCAUGAUGCAUUGGCAUAAUGGCCAAAGUGCUUGCUACCUCAAUGCAAUUUCUUUUCUCCUCCAAGUUUUAACACCUGGAAUUGAUGUUACAUGCAUAGUUUUAUUUUGUGGCAUGUCCAUUUCAACUUUAAUUACACGUAACUAAUGUAAGGAGUAAGAAAGAUGGGAAAUGGAUGGACAGUGAAAGUGAAAGUGUUUGAUCUGACCUAAACUAGCUUAUUUAGUUUGUGUUUAGAUGUGUGAAAUUAAGCAUAGUAAGUAGAGUAUUUAAUAGAGUGAAUAGUUUUAUGCUUUGGAAGUAAAAUCUGCAAGACCUAUCUUCCAUUUCAUAUUAAUAAGGAAGAAGUUUUGUGGACAUGUUGCCAAGGCCAAUGUUGUGCGUUUUGUAACAUUACUCCCAUUAUCUGAUCUCAUUGCUGGAAGUAGAUAUGGUUACCUUCUACAUUUUUGAAAACUGUUUAUUUUUCCCCAUUAUUAAGGCAGUGGAAGUCUGUUUUCGAUCAAAAAAAAUAAAAUUGCAGCAUUUGUGACCUAAUUUCUUUAUUUUUUGAUACAGUUUGUCAGGUAAAUUGAAUUAGACAAUCAGGCCUUCCAAUCCUCUGGCUUAACCACAUGAAACUGUCUGUUAUCAUAUUGCAGACACUAUACCAAGUGACUGGAGACUUCAUGGACUGAAUAAUAACCUCUUCCUUUUACGAUGUAUAUGUACCUGCAGUUCCCACGAUGAACCCUCAGAUCAUUCUCAGAAAUUGUACAUUUCCUUGUGUUAAAGAAAAACCUACAUAGGCUAAGAAUAAUAAUGGUUUCUCCUCAUCCGCAUCGUCCCAAGUUAAAGACUGAUAUUAAAAGAGUAACAAACAAUGAAAAGUUCCCGGAAAGUUAUCAAUGCUGGAUGGGGACAAAUCAUCGCUGUGUAAACAGCCACUGUUGUAUUUGAUUUUUUUUUUUCUUUUUUUUGUUUAGGAUAAUUAUGGAGACAAAAAUAUAUCUUCUGGGUGUUCAAGAGUGUAGUGGCCAUGUGUUUGAAUAAGGUUGGUGGGGUCCGGAUGUCCUGUUAUGUGCAGCAAACAUGUGUCCUACAUGAAUACGUCAUUCUGUUUGAUUGAUAUUUUUUUCUACUCACUAAGUGUUAUGUUAUAGUUUGUCAUGGAUUUUUGUGUGAACCAAAAUUUAUUGAUAUCUAUUUUAUUAGAGCAGUAGGAUAUCAUGUACAUUGCAUUGUUUAUGAGCACCUUUGAAAGUGGUUAGUGUGUGCAGAAAUGAGCACGGAAGCUAGUUUGAUAUAUAUAAAAGUCCUCUUUGUAUGUAAGUGCAUUACUGAAGUAUAUUAAUGGUAAAUUAACAAAAAGAUCUUCCUUAUUUUAAAAUCACAAUUUGUAUUUUCAAGUUUAAGCUUGUGUGUAUUUUGUUUCAUUUGUCCACAGCACUUCCCAGUUCAUUUUUGCAGCAAACGAAUGUAGAGAAUAAAGUUAAAAAAAAAAAGAAUAAAAAAUAAAAAAAGGUAAAAAACAUCAAUGAAUAAAUAAAAAUGAAUUCCGGAUUACAUCUGCACCUUGCGAGGCUAGUAAUCAUAUAUCUCGCCCACUCUCUGCAUAUUUCAUUGCAAUCACCAAUAAGGCAAGCUAAUGAUGAAGCCGAGUCUCUGUGGAUAAUGAUUUUAAAGAUUGUAGCUCAUCCCAAAAUUCUUCACUCGUGAGGUGUAGUGCAUUGUAGUCCAUAUAAUUUAUUGUAUCACCUGACAGUAUCAUCACCAUACCCACAAACUUGUAAAUAGUUGAAAAACAAACUUGUCACGCCAUUUCAUUAAAAGAAUAACCCAUUUCA